AUGAUUGAGAUUGGCGCUGUCAGGCAAGAGAUUGCCGACAAGACUAGGCAGAGGGAUCAACUCGAGGCCGAUCUAGAAGACAUACGAGAGGCCCGGGAGCAGGUUCAAGCCAUGAGCUCAGCCGACCUUCAAUCUUUCGGAGGAACAAUCUCGUCAAUGACUAGCACGCCGAAUGCUACCAUCAAAGAUGCAGAAGAUAUCCUGACAUGGCUAGAUAAUGGGGCACCAGAUAGUGGCCGACCGUCUUAUCUGACCUUUCGAACUAAUAACAACGCGAAAAGCUGUGAGGACCCUGCUCUCCCUGUUUAUCACCUAGAACCUCAAUCCACUGCUAGAAGGCUAACUUCAGCUGCGAUACCAGAUGCGUCCAUGGCCAACUAUCUGCGCGAGUACGGACGCGGUGUCAUGCCUUUCUGCACUAAUCCGACGUCCGUCCCCGAGUAA